CUUGCGAGCUCGGCUUGUGAGCUCGGCUUAACAGUCCGAAUGCUAGGUCUAGGUGUUUGGCCCGUAAAGCACGGCUCAGCCCAUUAGGUCAAACAAACUUAGGGCGAACAUAUGAAAAUGUUUAUCUAUAAAAGGAGGACAAGAGCAACUAAGGAGGAGAUCCAAACUUGAACACACACAUAGACUGACGGCUAUAAAUUAGGAUUUUGCUCUUUACUCUUCUCUCCGACUUUUACUUUCCUGGCUAGCUCAGACGACAAAAGGCGAGUUUUCCUCUGCAGACUGCAGAGAGAUAUAAAUAUGUAGCAAAUUGUGUUUCUGUUGUCAAGAUUAUUAGAAAAAUGGUUAAAUAGAUCCAAUAACAUAGUUUUCGUUCGAAUUCAAAACUAUUAUUGUUCUCAAGUUUUUCUUCCUCCUUUUUUUGUUCAAGAUUUUAUUUGGACUCAAGAUUCUGUCUAUCUAUAAUGUCUUAACCGUGUUCUCAUUUGUAUGCAUGUAGUUGAGCCGUGAUGGACAAGGCAGACAGCUCAAGACAAGUUUCAAAAUGGAAAACUCUGGACAGGGGCAUACUUUCCGUUAUCUUCCGCAAGCUAAACGUAGAGGACCUUACCAUGGGAGCGUCAGGCGUCUGCAUCUCCUGGUUCCUUGCCGCCCACAAUAAAAGUCUAUGGAACACUGUUGACCUUGAUAAGUUCCGACAAACAGAUAAAGACCUAAGACUUAAUGAACUAAGAUAUAGGAUUGUUUUUACGGAAAACUUCAAGGAUUCUGACAUUAGUGAAACAAGGAGAAGUCUCAGGAAUAUCACCAAGUUUAGCCGCAGUGCCCCGGUGAAUUUGGUCUUUGGCUGUUGUUCCUCUUUAGAUGACGAAAUUCUCAUGUUCGCUGCUGCCAGCAUGCCAAACAUAGAGAAACUUGUUUUGCCGCGCUGGUGCUACCUAUCCAAGAAUUCAUUUGGGUUUGCGUUCAGUAAAUGGAAGAAUCUGAAGACAUUGAUUGUCGCUCAUGAUGUCCCUCUCACAGAGACUUUUGAGUUUCAAAUAGUGGGAGAGAACUGUAGUAACCUCACAAACUUAAAAUAUUUGGGUGGUUUAGGAAAAGAGACUGCUGAGGAAAUCGUGCGUUACUUCAAGAACAUCAAGAGGCUGAGUUUGCAAUCCGCUUAUGUCAGCAGACCAGGAGUUUUGUUGCUAAUUACAGGCCUCCAAAACCUUGCGAUCCUUAAUGUUUCACAUUGUAAAGAGUUUGAUGACGAGACGGUAACUAUGGACAAUAUUGUACAAGCCGCCACUCAGAAGCGUGUCAGAUUUAUACUUUGUUCAAACAAUUGUACUUGCAGAAACAAGCCAUGGUUGGAAGGGCUCACGACGUAUGGUUCUGAGAGUUGGCGAAAUGAUGAGAUAAAGGAACUUGAGUUCUGAACUUCAAAAAAAAAUAUAAAUCGAUGGGACUCCACCUCGGCUUCUAUUCUAUCCGACAUUAUCUGUUUCUUGAAGUCUAUUUAGGUUCUCUUCAUUUAACGUGUAAUGUUUUUGUUUUUAUUCGCUUUAUUUCUACAUAUAUGUAAUAUGCUGUUCAACAACAACCAUAUAUCUUCCAAAAUGGUAUAAAUUCUAACAUUUGUACCAAAAAAUGUUUUUCGAAGUUCUUUAUCAAAUUAUCUUGCAGUUUCUUAGUAAACAUUUUUUUUAAUUUCUUAGUAAACAUUACAUUUACAUAUGUAGCUCUUAGCCGUGCAAGAUAAUACUUUUACAUUACAAAUUGUAUACAUAAGCGAUAAACAAAAUUUAUGCCCUUAUUCAGAAAAAAAUAUCUUAGAAAUACCAUCAUUGUUACAAAAAAAAAAACUAGAAACAAAAUUAAUACUUUUAACAUUUUUUCUUCUUCUUUUUCCUAUAAACACUCAUUGACAAGACUUUAAAAACUAUUAUUGCUUAAAAUUUUAUUUUAAUAGGUAAGAUAGCCAAAUCACUUAAUUUUUCUUGUGACGUAUUCAAAUGAUUAUACACUUUUUAUCAGUUUCAGUUUUGAAAAACUCUUUUCGACAAAAUGCUAAUAGUUUCGUAUGAGAACAUAUUUGUACGCAAUUUUCUUAUUUUUUUGUCCUUAGAAAUCUGUUGUUGUUUUAUAACUUUUCUUUUGUUGUUGUUGCUGUAUUGAGAUGGAGAUAUAAGAUGGUCGAAUAAAAAUUCAGAGAUGGACACUCUAGAAUGUUUUUCCUUCUUCAAUGUGAUUUUUGUAGUUUUUCUUCCUGGUAAUUAUAAUUUGAUGGUUGUGAGAUAUUAUAUCCACUUGAUGGUCAAACUUUUUAAUUGAGUAGAAAUGAUCCAUAGAUAUCAAAGAUAUAAUGAAAAAAAAAAUCUAGAAUUUUAUAUAUCUUUAGAUGAUUCUAUUAUUUAGAAUUUAGGUUACGUAAGUGUAUGUAUUCCGACAUUUAUGAUUACUAGGUGAACCCCUGCAUACACAUGUGGGUUUUCAAUAAAUUAUUCUCUAAUUUAAUGUCUAGGUUAUUUUUUUGAAUAUUUGUUUUAGUAUUUCAGUUAUAAGAUUGAAAAUUUUGGUUAUAAUUCUUAUUAUCUUGUAAACCCCUAACUUUUUAAGAUUGAAAGUUAACUUGCGGUUUGUAAUUAUACUUCCCAAUUAGCUUUGCCCCUUUCAUCAUCACUCUAUCACAAUAAGUGUUUUUUUUCCUCUUGAGCCCCACUCUCUUCCUCCUUUCGUUCUCAGACACUCUUCAACUUCUAUCAAAUCCAAUUGCAAACCCUUCCACCAGAGCAGAAGAUAAUCGCUAUAAGAAUUGAAAUGUUGAAUCUGUUAGAGCAUUCAAAUAUUUAUAGAGAGUAAUUAUAGUUUACAAUAUUGAAAGCACUUACAGACCUUUAAUAAAUACAUAGGAGAGUUAUACCAAAAAAAAUACAUAGGAGAGUGUUCUUGAUUGCUUGCUUUUAGAGAUAGUAAUCGUAAUUUACACUACUUUUUUUAACAUAUAUAUUCCUUGAGAAAAAACUAUUGAAAAAACCUAUAACUAUUGAAACUAUUGAAAAAAACUUAUAAUUAUAAACAUACAGCUGGGACCAUCUCUAGUUCUCUGUCUUUCGACUGAAAUUCGCUCAUGUUCUGUGAAAAAAAAAUUAAAAAAAUAUACUUGAGAGAAUUGUCCUAACAUUAUUUUUUAUCUUAUUUACUUUUAAGAAAAACAUUAUUUCUCCUUUUGUAGUAAUGAGGACGAAAAAUCCUUAAUUAUAUACAAAUAAUAAGUGAAAUAAAAUAACUGUAUAAGCAUUUUGGUGAAAUUUUUGUUCAAAGAAAGACAGGAGUUAUACUACAUGUUAAGUUUACAACUAAAACUUUUGGCUUUGAAAAUAUAGUUUUCAAAGCCAAAAGUACUAUAAAUGAUUGCCUUUGAGCUUAACUCGAUUCUGGCACACAAAACAAGUCAUAAACGAAUUAUACUUUGCAUUCUGGUCAUUAGUAAGUGUAUUAUGUUAUGUAUAUGGCGGUCUUAUACAAUGGAGGUAGAGAUGAAAAUUAUGGAUCUAGACCGCGGACCUAAAUCGUAAAGUAUUGUCGCGGGAUGAUGUUGGGACGAGGUUUUCUAGGCUCGCAAAUUUUUGAGCCUCGCAAGACGGUUUUUGUGAAACUGGGUUUUUUGCGGGAUGGGCCAAAACGGGUUAUGCGGGAUUACAUGGACCCGCAUUUUUUUUUAUUUCUUAUUUUACCUGAAAAACGAGAAAGAAAGUGAGAAAAUGUGAUUCUUGUGAAUUUUCCCCCAGAAAACAUAAGGAUGUCUGGUGAUGAUGAUUCGAGCUCCGGUGAUGAUGAUUCGAGCUCCGACGAUGACGACUCCAACUCCGCGAUGACGACUCUAGCUCCAGCAAUGACGAUUCGAGUUCUUGUGGUGUUUUGAUUUAGUUUUCUCUUUUUAUUAUACACAACUAUGAAUUGCUUUAUUACAAUGUGAUAUUUCUUGUUUAAGUUGAUUGAUUUUGUUUUCAGUACUGUGAAGUGGUGUUUUUCUUAAAUUAAAAAAAAAUGGUUACAAUGGUGUUGUUUAUGAGAAAAGUUAGUUGUAUAUCACGCCACUUGUAUAAUUUGGCAAAGUGAUUCACAAUAUUUUUUUGCAAUCCAAAUAAUAAAAGAGAGAGAUGGUUUGAUAAAAAUAUAUGACAACUUGAGCCAAAUUAUUACAAAUACAACAACUCAAUCAGAUUUAAACUUAACAAAAGCUUAUGCUGAUAAUAAAAGAAGACUUUUAACUCAAAAACGCAAGCACAAACGAAGUUUUGUGCCAUUGAUUUUGAUAAGGUUUUAGUGAAACUUAAUGAGCUCUCUUCAACUCUCUUACAUAACUCUUCUACUUAAACAUUCAUAUAGCAGGCGGUUUGAUAAAGAGGCGUCCCGCGAGACAGUACGCAAAAGGUCUAUAUAUUCUAUGGUACAGGUAUUUUGAAGACCGCAGUCCGUGCAGAACAGGUCUGCUGUGAUCGUAUGACUAAUCGGCCGCGGUACGAGACGGAACGGAAUAGAAAAACCUGUUUGACAGAUGAA